AAGCUCUUUGUCAUGGGAGUGGACACGGCCGAGCAAUGGCCGCGCCGCACGCCACGCUCCCCCCGGCAACAGCAAGCCCGUCGCCGCGCCGCGGCAGACUCCGCCGCGAGACGGCGGAGGUGGUGCGCGACUGCAAGAGUCUGGACGGGCUCAUGAAGGCCGGCAGGGUGGCGGACGCCCUGGACCUGUUCGACCGGAUGCCGCGCAAGAACGUCGUGGCGUGGACCUCGGCCGUGUCCGGGCUGACACGCAACGGGCGCCCCGAGGCCGCGGUGGAGAUGUUCGCGGACAUGGUGGAGUCUGGCGUCGCGCUGAACGACUUCGCCUGCAACGCGGCGCUGGCGGCGUGCGCGGCCGCGGGCCCGGGCGCGCUGCGCACCGGCGAGCAGGUGCACUCGCUCGCCGUGCGGGCGGGAUUCGUUGGGGACGCGUGGGUCGGGAGCUGCCUGGUCGAGCUCUACGCGCGGUGCGGCUCCACGCGCGCGGCCGAGGCCGUGCUGGCCCGGAUGGAGUCGCCGGACGUCGUGGCGUACACCUCGCUCGUCUCGGCGUUCUGCCGGAGCGGCGAGUUUGGGCUGGCGGUGGAGGCGCUCGGCCAGAUGAUGGGGCGGGGGGUGAUACCGAACGAGCACACGGUGACGAGCAUCCUGGCGGCGGCGUGCUGCCCGCCGGUUCUGGGUGAGCAGAUACAUGGUUACAUUAUCAAGGCAACGAGCUCGCCGUCGCAGAGCGUCUACACGUCGAGCACAUUGGUCGAUUUCUACUCGAGAAAUGGCGAGUUCGACAUGGCGAAGACUGUGUUCGACAACCUCCAGUGCAAGAACGUGGUGGCCUGGUGCACUAUGAUGCAGCUGCACAUCAGAGAUGGAAGGCCGGAGGAUGCACUCCAGCUGUUCGACGAAAUGAUGUCGGAGGGCGUCGUCAGUCCCAACGAGUUCGCGUUCUCAAUCGCUCUUGGUGCCUGUGAGUUCAUUGCUCUGGGAAGUCAGCUUCACUCUUUGGCCAUCAAGCGUGGCCUGGCAAGUGAUCUCCGGGUGUCGAAUGCCCUGCUCUCCAUGUACGGCAGGAUCGGCCUCGUCCAACAGCUCGAGGCCAUGUUCCGUGGCAUCGAGGAUCCAGACAUUGUCAGCUGGACAGCAGCAAUCUCUGCAUACUUCCAGAACGGCCAUGGUGAGAAGGCCAUAGCACUGCUCUCCCGGAUGCACUCACAAGGUCUCACGCCAAACGACUAUGCCUUCUCCAGCGUGCUAAGCUCCUGUGCUGACCUGGCAUUGCUGGACCAAGGGAGGCAGUUCCAUUGCCUGGCCCUGAAGCUAGGAUGUGACGUGAAGAUCUGCACCGGGAAUGCGCUGAUCAACAUGUACUCCAAGUGCGGCCAGAUCGUGCCAGCGAGGCUUGCGUUCGACAUCAUGGAUCACUGUGACGUGACGUCCUGGAACUCGCUGAUCCACGGGUACGCGCAGCACGGUGAGGUGGACAUGGCUUUGAAGGCGUUCAGCGAGAUGUGUUCCGAUGGCGGUGAGCCCAAUGAGUCGACAUUGCUGGGAGUACUGGCAGCUUGCAACCACGCCGGGCUGGUGGACGAAGGUGUGGCGUUCUUCAGAUCAGCAAUGGCCGGCCUGUAUGGCACCUUCCUGACACCCUCACACUAUGCCUGCGUGGUCGACAUGCUGGGCCGUAGUGGCAGGUUCGACGACGCGCUCUGCCUGAUCGAGGAGAUGCCUUUUGAGCCCGGCGUCCUAGUGUGGAAAACACUGCUGGCGUCAUGCAGGCUGCACGGCAACCUGGAGACGGGGAGGCUCGCCGCCAAAAAGCUCGUGGAGCUCUCAGACCAGGACUCGGCAAGCUACGUUCUGAUGUCUGGCAUACAUGCGAUGCACGGGGAGUGGCGUGACGCUGACAUGGUGCGGCGGAGGAUGGACGAGGCUGGGGUGAGGAAGGAGGCCGGGCGCAGCUGGGUGGAGGUCAGGAACGAGGUGCACACCUUCGUAGCCCAGGACGUGUCUCACCCGGAGUCGCCGUCCAUCUAUCGGAUGCUCUGGGAAUUGUCUGAUGCCAUGCGGGAUACAGCCUAUGACGAAGAUGUUGAAUUGUUGGAUGUACAUAUGCAGAUUUAGAUGUGAAAAAAAUAGUGCAUAUCUCUGUCAAGGGAGAAAUCAAGGAUAGCUUUACAAUCAGACAACUGGAGGAAGAUCCUCUGCUGGAGCCAUUGGACAAAAUUAUUCCAUUGGGAACUGAUAUACCACCUGAUGCUCAGAUCAGGUCAUCACCUAGAAAAGAAGUUGAACUGACAUUACGAACCCGACUCAUUCUUAUCAUAUGUAUGGAACUCCACUUAUGCAUGAGCUUCUCCGCAUGGUAUCGGGCACACCCACCGAUUUGUUCCAGGUGAUUUUCCACAACCCAAUAUUGAUAUUUAUAGCUCAGAGCUAGUUCUACAUAUAUCUUGGGUCAAACGCAAUGUCAACAAAGGGUCCAUAGAACACACAAGCAUAAACUUGAUGACACAAAAGAGGACGGCUUGCUAGCAUA